AUGGUAUGGCAUGUCAUGGUAUGGCAUGUCAUGGUGUGGCAGAUUGUAUGGCAUGUCAUGGUAUCGCAUGUCAUGGUGUUGCAUGCCAUGGCAUGGUGUGGCAUGCCAUGGUGUGGCAUGUCAUGGUGUGGCAUGCCAUGGUGUGGCAUGUCAUGGUGUGGCAUGUCAUGGUGUGGCAUGUCAUGGUGUGGCAUGGCAUGGUGUGGCAUGGCAUGGUGUGGCAUGGCAUGGUGUGGCAUGUCGUGGUGUGGCAAGCCAUGGUGUGGCAUGUCAUGGUGUGGCAUGUCAUGGUGUGGCAUGGCAUGGUGUGGCAUGGCAUGGUGUGGCAUGGGCAUCAUGCCAUCUGCCUGCAGGUUGGCAGCAGAUGGAGGGAAGUGGAGCACGAUGGAAGGCAAGGAGGGCAGUGAGGGAGGGAAGAGGAGUGAAGGGGUGGAGGAGUGGAGGUGUGUGGCAUGUUGCAAGCAUGCCUGGCUUACCUGCCAUGCCCUUCCGCUGCACUGCAUGUCAAGAGAAUAUAAAGCCGUAGUGGGUACGAUUCUGUCAAGUAUACUUGUCUAA